CAGGACUUUGGACUGUGCUCAAUUAAGCUGUUGGCGUGGAGAGAACUGGAGUGUUCUGGGAUAGUGGAGCGCUAGGGAGGUCAGAGGAAAAACACAAAAAGUUGUGGAGUGGGAAGUGCAUUUCAGAUAUUACUUCAAUCGUCUAUCGUCCAUGGAUACUGCUGUUUCCCUGAGCUAUGCUUACGACUUUCAGGAAUCAGCAUUAAGGAGGUGUGGAGAUGACUUUGAAUAACAACAGAGCAAACCCAAACAAGCUAAGCAGAUUUAUCCGCCCCCUUACAUCCACUGCAACAUCACAGGCCCCAGUCUACACAAGCUCAACAGAAUGGCUCUAAAGAACAGGACUCUUUUGUCCUUUUUUUUUCUUGGACUUUUACACCAAAUUCAGGGCUCUCUGGUGAAGACCAAUCGGGGGCUUAAGGUGAAGAUAGGCCAGUCUGUCUUUUUACAGGAGAUAGAGCUACAGUUUAAUAUUCCAAGAGGAAAAGAUACAUGCAAGGUGGAAGUUGUGCUGAAUGAACCCAUUACACAACGGGUCGGCACACUUUAUCCACUGGUUUUUGACUGUCACUUUUUGGACGAUGAAGUGAAAUACACUCACAACGGAUGUCCAAUUUUAAAAGAGGAUACUGUUAAACUUCGUCUAUAUAGAUUUACAGAGACAGAAACCUAUACUGAGGUAUUCAAUCUACAUAUUGAAAUCAUGGAGCCUGACUGUAAUGUUAUUAAGUUUGGACCACAGAACCUCGAGGUACCGGAGUUCUACGGCCUCUCCAAUGUUCUAGAUGGUAACAUAGUGUCUUUUCACUAUGACCAUCGUCAUAGUAUCGAAUGCACAGUUCAGCUGACAACUCUGGAGACACAUCUACCCGCUCACGGUCAACUUGUCACCGGCCAGCCUGAGAUACCAGACGGACCAAGAGGAGAUGAACCAGACAGCUUUGUUCCUUUACGAAGACAGCUGGACAAUAAAGCCAGAGCUCAUUGUAAAAGUGACGACUGUCUAAAGGGCAUGAAACUGUUAAAAAUCACUAAAGUACCCUGCGGUGAUUUCCUAAUGAUGGGCAUUCGAUACCAUCACAUUGACCCGCCGUCUCCGGAUAUCGACUACAUCGCUAUUAGACUGGACCUUACAGACACUCGGAGCAGAAGCAUAAUCCAGUCAGAGCACGCCUGGAUCCCAGUGACCAUUAAAGACGCUGUGACCAAUCAGCCACCCAAUCCUGCCUUUAUGUCUAUGUUCAUCCUGGAGGUGGACCAGUUCAUCCUGACUCCACUCUCCACGGCGACGCUGGAUGCAGAGGAUGAUGAGACACCCAAACAGAUGCUGGUGUUCAACAUCACAAAGUCUCCUUCUCAGGGUUUCAUUACUCAUUUGUCCGACCACACUAAACCUAUCUCCUCCUUCACCUGGAUGGAUCUCAAUGACAUGCUAAUCGGCUACCAGCCACCAAACUCCAGCCACACUCAGCGCAGGAACUAUGAGGUAGAGUUCGAGGUGCAUGAUUUCUACUUUAAGAAAAGUCAGCCUGUGAUGGUACACAUCUCGAUCAGGACAGCUGAUACCAAUGCACCUCGAGUGUCCUGGAACAUGGGCCUCAGUCUACUGGAAGGUCAGUCUCGUCCCAUCACAUGGGAUCAACUGCAGAUUGUUGACAAUGACAACCUGAAAGCAGUAAAAAUCAUCACCGUGGACGGCCUUCAACAUGGAAGACUUUCCGUUCGAGGUGGAAAAAGCUUUCUGUUCACUGUAAAUGAUGUAAAGGAAGGUGUGGUACGAUACCACCACGAUGACAGCGACACUACCAAAGAUUACAUAGUCUUCCGGAUUACCGAUGGCCUGCAUCAAACUAGACACAAGUUUCCCAUCAACAUCCUGCCCAAAGAUGACAGCCCACCCUUCUUCAUUACCAAUAUGGUGCUGGAGCUUUCUGAAGGUCAGACGGCUCUUCUGAGAGGAUCCAUCCUGCAGGCCUGUGAUAUGGACUCCAGCGAUGACUACAUUAUGUUCAAAGUCACCAGACCUCCCCAGGCAGGAGAAAUCAUGAAGAUGCCCGGUCCUGGUAUAACAGGUUACCCUGUGAGCCGUUUUCUUCAGAAGGACCUUUUCCAUUCCAUCAUCUAUUACCGCCACUCAGGCAAUGAGAUUUUUGAGGAUUCUUUUGAGGUGGUGUUGUCCGAUUUCCACGAUCCUCCAAAUCUUUCAGUUCCCCAGGUGAUUGUGAUACAAAUCCAACCCGUCCCUGAUCAACCUCCACAAGAGGCAGCUGGUGUGAUAAGACACUUGGUUGUCAACGAGACAGACGUCAUCUACUUGACCAAACAGCAGCUGCAUUUUAUUGAUCUGGAGUCGCCAGACAGUGAGCUCACAUACACCGUCACAACCCCACCCUUCUACAGCUCCAGUUAUGGGAAGCCAGAUGCAGGAAGACUGUUUCUGGUUGACAGCAUCCCAAAAUUCCACAAAGACCAUAAUGCUCCAAUGUUAAGACUUUUCACACAGCAUGCAGUCAACUACAUGAAAGUAGCUUAUAUGCCCCCCAUCCCGGACAUUGGACCAUACCGCCAGCACAUCCAGUUUGUCCUCUCAGUGACCAAUAAACAAGGCAGCACGACGACUGGAAUCUGCUUCAACAUAACAGUUCUACCAGUGGACAACCUGGCACCAGAGGUGCAUGUGAAGCAGCUGACGGUGGAUGAGGGAGGAGAGUGUUGGGUGACUGAAGAUCACCUGCAUCUAACUGAUCAGGACUCACUUGAAGACUCUCUGCAUGUUGAGAUAAAGAGAAAACCUCAGCAUGGAAAUAUUUUCCUUGAUGGAAAACCUUUGAGUCCAGGCCAAAUGUUCACAAUAAGGGAUCUGAAAAGCCUAAAAGUUAGGUAUCACCAUGACAACUCUGAGACAGAGCAAGAUGCUUUUCAAUUCAUCGCCACUGAUGGCAUCAAUACUGCCGACUUUGUGCUACAUGUCAAGGUGACACCGGUCAACGACGAGGUUCCAGUUCUAGUCCCAGGGUUAAAACCCGUUUUAUCCUGCGCGGAGGGACAGGAAGUGGUCAUCACUGUAGAGUACAUCUGUGCCACAGAUCCUGACAGUGACGAUGGCACAUUGAUGUUAAUGAUCGCACGGCAACCAUAUUAUGGGGUUGUUCAAAGGAAUGGCAUCGUUGUCGAUCGCUUUAGACAAGCGGAUAUAACUGCUGGAGUAAUUUCCUAUAGGCACACAGGACAAGAGAUUGGGCUUCAGCCUCGCCACGACAUCAUUACAUUUGUGAUCUCUGAUGGAGAGUCAGUUUCUUCAUGUUGUGAUGGCAGGAGACAAACACCUCGUCUACAAAACAGCCUGCCGCUUUAUGAUCUUAAUAUCACUGUUUAUCCUGUGGACAACCAACCACCAUCUAUUGAUGCUGGAGAACUCUUUGUAUUGGACGAGGGUGGGUUUGCUUCUAUCACAGCGACCCAUCUGAUAGUUACAGACCAGGACACCCGUCCAGAAGAUCUGGAGGUCAUCCUUGUUUCUCCUCCAAAGUUUGGAUACAUAGAAAACAUUCUUCCCAGCCCUGGCUUUGAAAAGAGUAACAUGGGAAUCAGUAUUGCUUCUUUUACUCAUAGGGAUGUGUUGAACGGACACAUCAACUAUGUCCAGUUCAGACACCAGAGGAUGGAGCCCACCACUGACCAGUUCAUGCUGCGUGUAUCUGACGGAAAACAACAGUCGUCUCCAGUCCCAUUUUACAUCAUCAUCAGUCCAACCAAUGAUGAGAUUCCAGACUUACUGGCUAGAAAUAUCACGGUCAGAGAGGGAGACAUGACAGUGUUGGACCCAACUGUAAUCGACGCGGUGGAUCUCGACAUUCCGAGAGACCGCUUAACGUUCAGCGUUAUUCAGCAGCCCCAACAUGGAUCCAUCAUGGGUGUGGCACACGGAAAUGAUGUGACGUUUCACAAGAGACUCAAGAACAAGCGUGGAUCUGAGAUACCAAUAGAACACUUUACAAUGGAUGAUCUCAGGAACGGUAUGAGUGUGAUGUACAUGCACGAUGACUCGGAGAGUCAGACGGAUAUAUUCAUCGUUCAGCUCUCUGAUGGAAAACACCAGCUCCAGAGAAGCGUGCAUGUGAAAGUGCUGCCGGUCAAUGACGAGGAACCACAUAUUAUACGGAACACUGGGAUUCAGAUUGAGGCUGGAGAGUCUAGACUUCUCUCCAGUGCUGUGCUCAAUGCCCAAGAUAAAGACACUCCCUCCUGUGACAUCAUCUACGUCUUUGAGACUGUACCCAAUCAUAGUGUCCUUCAGAUUAAGGUAGGCACAGACUGGGUGGCUCUAUCUGCGGGAAUGAAUUGUUCUCAGGAGGUUUUGGACAUGAACCUGUUGCGUUACCUUCACACUGGCCAACCCGGAGCUCGUACCACUGACUUCUUUGUCUUCCAUCUGUUUGAUGGCAAAAAUCGCUCUCCUGCUCAGCACUUCCACAUUACUGUCAAAGAACUAGAGAAAGGAGAUCUAGUAUUGUUUGUGAAGCCUGUGAAAACCAGUCGUGGGGAGCGUGUGGUCCUCACCACAGAUGUGUUAUUGGCUGUGGACGGUACUGAUAAGCCAGAGGAACUUCUGUAUGUCAUCACUGUACCUCCAGCACAUGGACACGUGGAGUACAUCAAACACACGGGUGUGCAGGUUCGGUCUUUCAGUCAGAUGGAUGUAGCUGCAAACCUUGUGUGCUACGUACACAACAACAGAGCAGAUUCACCCAAAGAGACACUGCGGUUUGUGGUCAGUAACGGCAAAUCAACCCGCAAUGGAACCUUGGAGAUCUUUGUGGAACUGACUGAUAAGAUUCUGCCCAACCUUGUGCAUAAUGCCGGUCUGCAGGUUCCUCAAGGGUCCACCAUAACUUUAUCUCCUGAUGUCCUGCUCCUGUCUGACUCCGACACCCCCGCCACCGCCCUGAUCUACAAAGUGCUCCAACCUCCCCAGUAUGGCCAGCUGCUCCUGAAGGGUCAUCCACUGGUCACAGGCGGUAAUUUCACCCAGAAGAACAUUCAGGAUUUGUGUGUCGCAUACAGACACGCGGGUGGAUCUUCUCAAAUCGAUCGCUUCGCAUUCAUAGCCUCUGAUACCACAGAUAGAGGCUUUCUGGUGGAUGGAAAAGUGCAAACCGGGCCUUCUUUCUUCACACUACAAAUCGAAGCUCUAGACAGCUCCGCACCACAGAUCGUAACGCUUCAAACUCUGUGGAAAGUAGAGUUGAUGAAAGAUGGACGUUAUGGGAUCUUUAUAUCAUCUAGAGAACUCAAAGCUCACGCUACAAACUCGCCAGACUACCGUCUUAUAUACCACAUCCUCAGAGCACCUUACCACGGGUACCUGGAAAAUUCAACCAACGGUGAGUUUGUAAGGCAGCGUUUCUCUCAAAGGGACCUGAACAGAAGGAAUAUUCUCUACAUUAUAAACUCGGCUGUGGAUGCUCUGACUGACAGUCUUGAGUUUUCUGUUUCUGAUGCUUUGGGCAAUACUGGACCCUCGUACAAACUGGAGUUCAGCUGGGCCAGUGUGGAGCUGACCAUGACCGAUUAUGUGAUAUGUGAGAGUCAGAGAUCAGUUUCUCUUAACAUUCAGAGGAGAGGAAAUGUGCAGGACUCCUCUUUUGUAACUGUACAGGUAAAAGAACUUACAGCAUCUGCUGGAAAAGAUUUUAUUCCUGCUUCCUCAUCUUUAAUCCAGUUCGACCCAGGUGCGAGCAGUCGAGUAUGGAGAACAGAGAUAGUUCAGGACUCUUUAGAAGAGGCUGAGGAGAAAUUCGAGGUUAAUUUGGCACUCCCAGUGGGUGCGGUAUUGAGAGGGAACACAAAAGCCACCAUCCUCAUAAUGGACAAAAAUGGGCAAUGCAGUGAAAACAAUUUCAAAGUAAACACUGACCUGGAGGGUUCAGAGAUGAAACCUGGGUCGCACCCUCAACACGGCUCAAUCCAUGUGGAGGUGUUGCCUUUGUCUCAGGGAUAUAUCAGAGGUGAUGGUGAUUUAAUCGUUCAGACUCCCGUCGCUACAAAGAAAAGACUCAGAGUCAAUGGAAACGGCAAAAUGGUUCAACCUUCAGAAAUUAUUCGCCAAGGAUCUGAUACCAUUUUUAAAUAUCAUGGGAUCAUGUCGCUGGCAGUCGAGGAAGACAACAUAGCUUCCUUAACAGGUAGAAAGGCUCAGGUGAAGGUGACCAGCAGGGGGCAGCAGCGCUCUGUUCCAGUCAGAGAGGCAAAACUACAGACAGCUGCUCACACAAACACUCAAGAUCUACAACAUUUUAAAACACAAAAGAUCCCGUCUAAACCCUCUUCUAAACCCUGUAGCCCAGAACUUACUGGCUUUCUUCAUUACGAUGAGACCUCAGGUCAACUCUUACGCUGUAAUGGUGACACCUGGAGGCCCUGGACACCUACAAAUGAGACUGUGAAAGCACAGAAAUGCUCUCCGGGAUGGACGUACCACAACAACUACUGUUACUUUCUCAGCACGGAACGCAAAGCCACAUGGAGCGGCGCAGCACGGGCGUGCAGAGAAAGCUUCAAUGGAAACCUGGUCAGUAUUUUGUCAAAAGCUGAUAUGGACUGGCUUUGGGACUUCGGCGUCAGAAAACCCUUUUGGAUUGGUCUAAAUGACCGUGAAAGCAAAGGCAGGUGGGAGUGGGUCGGUGGAGAGCCUGUUACUUACACCAACUGGAGGAGGAACCCUCCAAAAAAGAUGAAGGGAACAAGAAAGUGUGUACUUGUCUGGAGGAAAACAAAAUGGCAGAUGAGAGAUUGCAAGAAAGGGAAAGGACAUCGCUACGUGUGUAAUGUUAAAACAUGAGUCAAUGCUAAGAACACAACCUGAGAGGAUGAAACCGAAAUCAUAUGACUACUAAAAGCACAUAUUAAAGGGAUACUUCACCCAAAAACGAAAAUUCUGUCUUCAUUUACUCACCUUCAAGUCUGUAGAAAUGUCUUUGUUCUGAUGAACACAGAGAACGAUAUUUGGAAGAAUGCUUAUACCCAGACAGAUCUUGCCCCCCAUUGACUACCAUAGAAGAUAAAAUACAAUGGUAGUCAAAAGUGCCCUUGAACUGUUUGCUGUCCUACAUUUUUCAAAAUGUCUUCUCUUGUGUUCAACAGAACAAAAUAAAAUGAUAAAGUAUUUUUUCCUACUAUGGUAGCCAAUUGGGGACAGCAAAAUCUGUCUUCCAAGUAUCUUUCUCGAAGACAAGUAAAUGACGACAGAAUUUUCAUUUUUGGGUGAAGUCUCCCUUUAAUUGUCUUCCCAAAAUAUAUGUUUAUGAAAUGUCAUCUGCUGUAACUGUAUUUAAAAAUGGUUGCUUUUGAUGACUACUUUGGCGAACACUGAGGGCUGCCAUUUAAUGUAAAUAUAUUUUACCCAUGAAAUACUGUAUGCAUCUUUACUGUACAUAUGUUACUGUGUGUGAUCUGUAAACUCUGAAAUUAUUAAUGUUAUGGAACUAAAAUCACAAUGUACAAGAAAUUAUUUUUUACAGUAACUACCUGUGUGACACAUAUGUAUAAUUUAUCUUAUGCAUACAUUAUCUUGAAAAAUGUGCUUUAGUUUCUUUACAAUUACAGUGACUGUACAAUAUUAUGCAAUUUA